AUGUGGAAGAGCGUUUUGUUCAUAAUCGCUUUCGGCGUUUUCGUUUUCGCGGAGGAGCUGACUGAAAGCAUCGAUACCGUGGAUGAGAUCACCGAGAAAGCCUACAGGUGCUUGAAGUCAACGAACUUGGAGCACGUCACGGUUCGUGUGUAUGCGAACGGAACGAGUGAUGAGGUGGGAUACAAGAAUUUGGAAAGGGUUCUCGGUAGGAGUCUCAAGUUUUAAGUUUUCGUUUUUACGUCAUCAUUUCAAGGUUGCUAUGAAAUUUGUUGUAGGACGUAUGUCAGUGAAUGUUUACGUCGUCCCAAGCCCAUUCGACGACCCGGUCCGUCAAGUGGAGGAUAUGGUGAACCACACAAAGAGCCACAAAUGGGUGAAUGGCACGCUCUAUAUUCAGAUAACUGAUCCGUCGAAGUGGAGUCGAAAUAAGGAAGAAAACGGGCAUUUUAUUAAACGUUUCGCGGAGGCCGCUCAGGUACGUCGAUCACAAAAAUACAGCUAUCCGUUGAUACAGCAAUCAUUGUUUACGUUUCAGUCGAACGCGAUUAAAGUGGCCUACCUUACAAGCUGGUACGACUAUCAAACAAUCACCGGCAACACCAAGAUCAUUCCCGUUGGAAAGUUAUGGUAUUGGGAAACUAAUGGAGUUGGUCCGGAAGCCCAGACGGAGAAUAAUUUCGCGGAUUUCCGCCCUUUCGGUCCGUUCCAAUCUCCCCCAAUCGCCAAGCAGUACUGUAUUCAAGAGAAGUAUUGCGGCUUGAAUGUCAACAGAAACGUUUACACACCUAAACUUUUUUAA